AUGGGGUCUAUUGAUGAAUCUAUUUAUUAUGGGGUUUAUGGCACCAAAAUUACAUGGGAUGUAGGAUGGAUUCCUGUGGAGAGACUUAGAGGUAAUUCAUAUUAUAGUGAGUCUUGGCUGUUGAAAAAUGAUGUAAAUUCUUCUAUGGAAAAGUUGAAAGAGGAAUUGGAAGAUUUGGAUUCUCAGAUUAAUAUAUGUGAUAGACAAAUAGAAGAAAGUUUACAGGAAAUCAUGGAAUCUCAGCAGAUCGAUAACUUGGGUGAAACAGAUAUAAGUGAUCUGAAUCCAAAUAACUUGGAAGACCCCAAUGUUUUUUUAGAAAAUGCUCAAAAUGUUAAAAUUCAUCUGGAGGACAGGAAGAAAGCUGUUCAGGAAAGUAUGAGGAAUUUGAGGUCAGCAACUUUGCUUUUUAGGUGGGACAAGAAGUCUUUGCCUCCUUAUCUUCAUAGGUUAGAUGCACCAUGGAUUCAUUUAUUAAAUGUGCAAAUUCAACGAGAUAAAGAUUUCCAGAAUUGGAUUCAGAAGCAAUGGGAUGAUACUAGAGAAAAGUUUUUCAAAUCUAGAGGUUUAAAACCUCCGAAGAUAAAGAGAACUAUUAGCCAGGCAAUAGGAACUUCAGAAGAAAAAGUACCCGUGAAAAGUGGGUCUAAGAAAAAGAAGGGGUCCAAGUCUAAGGAGGAUGAGGAGGGUUCUGAUAAACCUCCACAAGUUGCAAAUGAAGAUAUGAGAUUUGUAGCAAAGAUGAUUUAUGGAGAAGUAGGGGUUUCGGAAACUGGCAGGAAAUUUUACGCAACAAAAGCCUUGGAAAACGCAAGAGUUCUUAGAGAUGAUGCAACUGAGGCUGAAAAGGUUAUGAGAGGACAAUGGAGGUAUAUUCUACUUUAUUGUGGAGGAGAUUUUCAAGAAUCUGGCUUGGUUCCCUUAAUUGCAACUACUGGUACAAAGUACUCGCACCCAAAGUUUAAAAUAAGACAUGCACUAGCUCUCAUUAGUCCAUACUGUGAACAUGGAAAUGGGGUAUCUCUAAUAAGAAAUUUAUCAGGCCAAAGACACAUAUACUAUUAUAAAAGUGAUUUACUUCAUUAUAAUCUUUUAUUGAUCAUUAAGGCUCUCUCUUUCCUAGAAAGCUAUGAGAUCUUCCAUGGAAAUAUUAAGUUAUCUAAUAUAUAUGUAAGCGCCACAGGGUUUAUACUGCUUCUCGGGGACUUUAUGCUCCCUUUAAGACUGAAACAUUGGUUUAUAGAAGUAAUGAAAAAGAAUGCAAAAGUUCCAUUAAACACUUCUCCUGAACUGAGAUAUGCAUUAAUGAAGCCAAACUACAAAACAUACGAAGAUUUUGAGAAAGAGGUAGACUUACAUAAGAACGAUGUUUUCUGUUUAGCUAUGGUUUUUCUCUCAUUGUCACUAGUUUACGAACCAAAAGAGACGGACUAUAAAAGAAUUAGGAGCUUUGUUAAGGAAAGCUUACUUAAACUAGCUGCAGACCCUGCUUGGAGUGCCGAUCCCAAGAAAAGACCUAGUUUUCAAAAUUUGCUAAAAUCCCAGGAUUGUGAAAUGCUCCUGGGUGAUGGAUUCUUUGAAAAAUUAAAAAAACUUUUCCUAAUGAAACCAAUCGACAAAGCUGUUGAAGAACUUUUACAGCCAGAAGAUGAAAUCCUACAUUUUUCAAAACUUUCUGACGGAGUUGUUCUUCGAGAAAAAAAAACUAAUGAAAGCACAUGCAAUUACAUGUAA